UCUUGGUGAGAUUCGAUGAUGUAAAGGUGCGAGCGCGAAUGCAGGAGAUUGUGUUAUCGAGGAGAGGAAGUCGCACAGAGCUGAAAGGUGUGGGGGCCAGGUGUGUAUCGAUCCGAGAGGCGAUGAGGUGACGUUUAUGUAGGCGAGCAGUUGAGGCGAGAGCGCGAGGUGGUGACAGCAGUUGGCUCAUCUUCCGACAGCGAGAGAAUGGUUGUGGAGCAGUUGAGACCCAUCUGACGAUUGAGGCUGAGAAGCAAUCUGAGUGCAGCACCCUGAACACCAACCAGCCUGCGGGUGCGAGUCCGUGCUGAGGGUCCUUCGAGCAAACCCGCCGACGCGGGGUACCCAUCCAGCUGCAUAUGCUGCUACACUCCACUCGUGAGUCGCGAAUGGAGAAAAAGGGUGUGCGCGGCAUCUGCAUGCUGGAUGGACCGGCCGGUAAACAGCGUGCGCCCCGCAAGCAGAGUUCAAGCGCGGGCGGUCGUGAUCAUGUGGAGGCUUGACCCGCGCUUUCCAACGACCGUACGCUCGAUCAGAGCGCCCUGCUGCUGAUGAUGGAUGGAUGUACGGUGAGUCACGAUUGCAGUCACGAGUCGUGAGAACGUGCAGCUGUCACAGCCUUGACUCGCUGAUACGAAGAGCGGCCUGUGACGACUAGGGCCAAGCUGUUUCAGCCACAUGACGCUCGCAUUCCAUCAGACAUGAUAAUGAUAUGUUGCUGCGGCGCGAGAUCGCAAUAUAGCAAGAGCUCCUGAGACACCAUUUGUUUCGUCCGGGUCGAAGUACGCCUCGGCGCAGACAGUGAGAGCUGCGGUCUAGCUAUGCCCGUGGAUGGAAAGCCGACAGAGCCGCGUCAGACAUGAACUUGCGGUGAGUCUUGGCAGUCUCAAAGCUCCUCGGUGUGCCGUUGCUGUGUAGAGGAACGCAAGUAACAGAGCUGCUGUGAUUGGCAGAUGGCUUUGUCGGACGGUGAGAGAGGGAGGACACUGGUCUCAGUUGGCUCCCCUUGUUAUACCCCCCUUGUGAUCACCGCGAUGCGUCUCGCGCUACCGAUGUGCUGCAUGGAGUGAUGGCAGCAUUCGUCGCAGAGGUAUCGUGAUCGAGAGCUCAGCCCAGUUGAAGCCUGUCUUUGACCAUCUGAUGUGCAUAAACUGGUUCGAGCCGCAUGCUUCUACCCGAAUCACGAAUGGUAAAUGCUCACGGCAACUGCUUGGAAACAGCGGCUUUUUCUCGAGCCCGGGCGCAUUCCUGGCUAUCGUCCAUGCAUGGGUGUUCACCGAGGCGUGGAUACAUGCUUGGCAACACAUAUCAAGAAUGGCAGCUUCGUGCGCGGAGUGAAAGCAAGGGAGGCCGAAUGGGAGUGAGCCCGCUCUCGACGACGCCGUCAACCAUGGGCGCAAAGGCUAAGCGGCCCAG